CUUUAUACGUCUACUACGUUAGCUAGUAGCAAGCUCCAGCAGAGAUAAUAAAGUGGGUUGUCGGGUUCUCGUGUAGCUAGUUUCAUUCAUUUCUUUCGAGGCCGAUUAUAUUGUGCAUCCCAGUACUGAAAGAAGAUGGCUGCUCCGGAUAUGCGUCUCAACCACACCAUAUACAUCAACAACCUAAACGAGAAGAUUAAAAAAGAUGAACUGAAGAAGUCGUUGUACGCCAUUUUCUCUCAGUUUGGUCAAAUCCUAGACAUUUUGGUUGCCCGCUCCCUGAAGAUGAGGGGUCAGGCCUUUGUCAUCUUCAAGGAGGUCAACAGCGCCUCCAAUGCCCUGCGUUCCAUGCAGGGGUUCCCAUUCUAUGACAAACCUAUGCGUAUUGGGUACGCCAAAGGGGAUUCUGACAUCAUCGCUAAAAUGAAGGGCACCUAUGUGGAGCGCGACCGUAAGAAGGAGAAGAGGGCCAAGGUCAAGGGCCCAGAGGCUGCAGGGGCCAAGAAGGGUGUGCCAGGAACCCCUGUAGUACCUAUGGGCCCAGGAGUUCCAACACCCAUGCCUGGAAUGCCACCCAUGAGCGGGGCUCCUCGUAUGAUGCAAAUGCCAGGGCAGCCCCCUUACAUGCCCCCGCCAGGCAUGAUGCCACCUCCUGGGAUGGGCCCUGGAGGGAUGCCCCCUGGUGCCAUGCCUCCGGGUGGGAUGAUGCCAGGGCAAAUGCCCCACGCCCAGGUUGCAGAAAACCCUCCCAACCACAUCCUUUUCCUCACCAACCUCCCAGAGGAGACCAACGAGCUCAUGCUGUCUAUGCUCUUCAACCAGUUCCCUGGGUUCAAAGAGGUGCGUCUGGUACCUGGUCGCCACGACAUUGCCUUUGUAGAGUUUGAUAAUGACGUGCAGGCUGGAGCGGCCAGGGAGGCACUACAGGGCUUCAAGAUCACCCAGACCAACGCCAUGAAGAUCUCAUUCGCCAAGAAAUAACACACCAGAGAGCUCUUAAAUGGUUUACAAUCACACACACACACACACACACACACACACACACACACACACACACACACACACACACACACACCAGAGAGACCUUCUCACCUUACACUACCAGCACAGAGCUGACUACUAACCUGUCCUUUGCCAAGAAAGUGCAGUGUGUUACUUGUCCACACACACACACACACAGAAUAACUGGAGAUGACUUGCCUUGUGUCUGAUUGUAGGGUACCAACCAGGUUUAGAGCACAGACAUAAACAGGUCAUCAUUUUGAUGAUUGCAAUGCUGGCACUAGGCUCAAAUGAUAACUUGUAAGGAGUAUAUUGGUAUAGUGAUUUGGUGGCAACAUAAAGGACAGUUCGCUGACAUUUGUGUAUCCAUAGCUCUGGUUAAGAACAAUUUAAAUUCAGGCAAUUUCUGCACCCAUUCUUUGAGGAUAAUAUCUGGUGUUUGUAUGUAAGUAUAUUUACAUUUUUAUGAUUUGUCUGUUAUAAAGCAUUGCACCCAGGGUCUGUUUCACCCAGACAUUGUACCUGGAGCUUUUCUGUUUGAUUAAAAUUUGCCUUUUAUAAUGA